AUGGCGGAACUAACAAAUUAUUCUUUCGAAAGUGAUAACCAAACACAUGAAACAAACACACUACUGCACUGUUCGGUAAAAAUCACUGGUGAAGUUCACGACCAGCUCAUCUUCAUUCCCGUGGUGAAUAGUUUUCUAUCCAUCAUUGCAUUGCUGGGGAACACCCUAAUUCUAGUUGCUCUACGCAAGGAAUUAGCUUCACUUCAAGCGACCUCCAAACUGUUGUAUCGUAAUCUAGCGAUAACUGAUCUCUGUGUUGGGGUUAUCGUACAGCCCCUGUGCGUGGCAUAUUGGAGUUCGGUGUUGACCGAAACCUGGAAUACCUGCUACUACGCAAUUGCGCAGUAUCCAUUACAGCCUCUAUCUUGGGCUUGGCGUCUUUGUUAA